AUGUCAGGCUUUUCAUCAUUAUUUGGAAACUCAAAUAAAAAUUAUGAUGAAUCAUUAAAUAAAAUUUUUAGUACUAAAACUGAUGGUCCAAUAUCAACUGAUCAAUUAAUUUCUAAAAAGAGAACCAUUAUAAAUGUACCUGAGAGCUCAGUCAAAAGUAAGAAAAGAAAGCAAUCAGCAGACAAGGAGGAGGAAGUCAAUGAAAUUGUAAAAGAUGAUGAAGAAGAAGAAGAGGAAGAUUCAAGUGAGGAUGACUCAGAUGAAGCUGAUGAUUCAGAGGAUGAAGAUGAAGAAAUUGUAGAAGAUGAAGAAAUAAUAGAGCCAAAAAUUACUACUAAAAAAUCAAAAAAAAGAGAUGAAAACUACGAUUUAGAAGCCAGAUAUUUCGAGAAAAAUUUCAAAAACGAUGAAGAACCUACAAUCCCAAAAGAACAAGAAGAAAAAGAUGUAGAAGACUCAGAAGAUAAUCUAGCUAAAGAAACCAAGCCCUCAAAAGCACAAUCAGCAUCAACUAUAGAUUUUAAAGAAUCAGAAAUGGAAAAAGCAGAAAGAACUGUAUUUGUAGGUAAUGUACCAAGUGAUGUUGUAACAUCAAAAACUAAAACCAAAGAAUUUAAAAAGCUUUUCAAAAAAUAUGGUAAAAUUGAAUCAAUAAGGUUUAGAUCAAUAUCAUUUGAAGAAAAUUUACCAAGAAAAAUAUCAUUUGCUAAAAAGAAUUUACAUAAAUCAAGAGAUUCAGUUAAUGCAUAUAUUGUAUUUUCAGAAAAAUCAUCAUCAUUAUUAGUUUGUAAAAAAUUAAAUGGUAAAAUAUUUGAAAAUCAUCAUUUAAGAGUAGAUCAUAUUGCACAUCCAUCACCAAAAGAUAAUAAAAGAACAAUAUUUGUUGGAAAUUUAGAUUUUGAAGAACAAGAAGAAAAUUUAUGGAAAUAUUUUAAUUCAAAAUUAGAAAAUGAUGUUGAAUCAGUUAGAAUUAUAAGAGAUUCUAAAACAAACAUGGGGAAAGGAUUUGCAUUAGUACAAUUUAAAGAUUCAUUAUCAGUAAAUAAAGCAUUAAUGUUAAAUGAAAAACCAAUGGAUAUAGUAAGUGGUAAUAAAAAGGGAAGAAAAUUAAGAAUAUCAAGAGCAAAAUCAAAUGCAAAACCUUCAUUGUUGUCACCAAAUCAUUAUGAAAAUUUGAAAAAGACAUAUGCAUCAAAUAAAUCAAAAGAUCAAGCAAAUAAAUUAACUGAUUCACAAAAGACUAAAAUAGGAAGAGCUCAAAAUAUUUUAGGAAAAGCUGAUAGAUCAAGUAUUGGUAAAAAAAGUAGAACUACUAAUAGUAAUAAUCAACAACGAAAUAAAUUUAUAGUUGAAGGUCAAAGGGCAACAAAAGGAUCAAAAAUUGUUGGUAUAAAAGGUUUAAAAAAUAGUGGUAAAGUUAAAAAACCAAGAAUUAGAGAUAGAUCAACAAAAUUUAGAAAUGAAAGAGCAUCAAUGGAGAAUGAGUUAAAGAAAUAA